AUGGCAAAAUUUCAGAGAAAAUUAACAAUAAAUAAAGCAACGAAAAUGUCUUCGAUCAAUGAGAUGUCCUCUACAAAUUCGAACAAUUCCUCAUUGGGGAUUGACCUCCCGGACGGUUACAGCACUGGACAUAUCAUACUGACAUCUAUUCUUAUAUCUGUUAUAAUGUUUGUCAUCAUUUUUGGGAACUUGCUCGUUGUUAUAGCCAUCUUUACAGACAAGACAUUGAAAACGGUGCAAAAUUGGUUUAUCGCCUCACUUGCAGUAGCUGAUUUUCUUCUUGGCCUUGUUAUUAUGCCUUUUUCCCUUGCAAAUGAAAUGAUGGGAUACUGGUAUUUUGGACGGGUGUGGUGCGACCUUUGGAAAGCCAUUGAUGUCUUACUAUGUACGGCUUCAAUAUGCAGCAUAUGUCUUAUAAGCCUUGAUCGGUACUGGUCCAUAACCCGCGCAGUCACCUACUCCCGCCAGAGAACGGCCAAGCGUGCCGCAUUAAUGAUAGCAGCAGUAUGGUGUUUAUCCGCUGUCAUUUGUGUGCCACCGCUGAUCGGUUGGAAAAAUCCAUUACCCGUAUCGGAUUAUCCACUGUGCUUACUAAGUGAUGAUAUCGGAUAUGUUUUGUAUUCGACGAUGGGUUCGUUUUAUAUUCCUUGCGUAAUUAUGGUGUUUGUCUACUUUAAAAUAUAUCGCGCAGCAACGAGAUUAGCAAGAAAGAAUAUCAAGACAAUGACAAAGUCUUACAAAGGCAAGGCUAAAAUGGAUAUCCAAAAUGGAAAUGAAACGGAUAGCCUGGGAAGUUUCGUAGAAAAAGAGUCAAACAAAAAACCAAUGGAACUGAACGAAAGUUUGAAAAGAAAGACAAUUCCAAGCCUUGUGGAGGAUUUAAAUGGUAGUCCAUUAGUCGAAAAUAGGGUCCUUCAUUCCGAUAGGGUAACCACGGACAUAGCCAUUAUCAAGAACAGUAUAUCUAAUCAAACUGGUUCUAAAAUUUCUCACAAUCUUAAGGACAUAGAUGAAAAUGUAUUUUGUGAAAAUUGUACUGAUUUAACAAAUAAUGGCGUCACUGAUACAGAUAUCAAGUGUAUUGGCGAACUAAAUAACCCUGGCAAAAAAGUAGUGGCAAAAGGAAAACGUUGUAGAACCUCAAAAAAGAAGCAUCGAGAGAACGGCAACAAAGGAACAAAAGAAUGGAGAGCAGCAUCCCUAAGAGAUCAUGAACGACAUAAACGAAAGAUCGCGAAAGCUCGCGAGAGACGUGCAACGAUUGUGCUUGGUCUGGUUAUGGCAGCCUUUAUUCUCUGUUGGUUUCCGUUCUUUACUCUGUAUAUCAUUACAUCGUUUUGUGAUUGUAUAGGUGGUGUCGUCUUCACAAUCGUGUUCUGGGCAGGUUAUUGUAACUCCGCUCUUAACCCAAUUAUUUAUACAAUUUUUAAUCGUGACUUCAGACAUGCCUUUCAUAAACUUCUUAGUCGAAAAUCCCGCUGGAUAUGA